UGAGGCUGCAGCGCUUAAUCUGGGGUGGUUUGUCCACCUUUGGUCCCCACCCGGCACUCAGCUCUCACCUGCCGCUCCUAGAAGCUGUCGGCAGGCGACAGCGGCCACAGUCCCAGGAAACAGCUUCGACUGGCUGGCUAAACCAGGCGAGGACAGCCGAUGGGGCUCAAACCCUCGGCGAGUUGGGGACUUGCCCUGCAUGUAAAGACAAGCUCUGGUCGAUUGGGCAGACGAGACCAAGGGUCCAAAAGGCAGUUUCUGUGCAUGCUGUAGAGCAGGAGUUAGCAAGGUUUACCUCCCCUGCACCAGUUCACUCCCACUGAGAUUGCUCUGUGGGCCGAAUUGCAUCUGCACAUUUCUGGUGUCUGCGCAGACGCAAUUUUUGGCACCCCCCAUAUUUUAUUUAAUUUGGCAUCCCUGAUGCAGGUCUUGGAACUCAGACCCAGGGCUCAUUUUCUCUCAGAAAGGCUCCCGCUCCUUCCAGGGCCUUCCUCCAGCCUUGCUUGGGCAACCCCCUUAAACUUCCCCCCCAGCUUCUGUUCUGACACUGCCCCUUUUGGUUCCCCAGCUCCUGCUCUGCUCCUUGGGUGACCGGAAGGGAUGUCCGAACGUCCCAUGGCCCGCCACAGCAAGCUUCAGAAGCAAGUUCUCGGCCUCUACUGCAGCUUCCUGCGGGCCGGCAAGGACAAGCCGGGCUUCCUUCCUCAGAUACGGGCCGAGUUCAGGAAAAAUGCCCAGAUCCCGCGGACGGAUGUCAUGAUUAUAGAGUACCUCAUCCGGCGUGGGCAGAGGCAGCUGGAGCAACUCAGAGGCGGCCACACCAAGCAGAUGGGUGCCUUCGUCAGGACGGAACAGGAGGAACGAUGAGCCAGGAAUUCUACUUUUUGGAAAGGGCUUCCUGCCCGUUUUUAAUGGAAUGGUCCUUUCUCCUAGCUGCUGGUUUUUAGCACAGCUGGCAUUGCAGGUGGGGAAUCUGUGGCCUUGCAGAUGAUGCUCCGUGAGCAUGGCCAGUGGUCAAGGGUGAUGGGAGUUGCUACGCGGUGGACGGGAGCUUAGCAAACCCGGAAUACAGAUCUGGAUGCCCUCUAAGAAAUGACUGAACAGAUCUGCCCACAGUUGCCAGUCAAGGGCGCAGUUGAGAAACACAUAAUCAUUCUGUUCCCAUCACAUUUUUCUCCUCCUUUUUAUAGUUGAACUAAAAACACUUGCUCCCUACAGAUGUAAGAAUGCUCUAAGCAGGAGACUCUGGGGGUUGGCGUGCUGUGUGGAAGUUUGGCAUUCGUUAUUGGUGAUCGUCAACAUGCUCACAUGGCGGUUGAACCGGUUUAGGUGCCCUGUGUAGACUCAGUUUUUCCUUGGUUGUUCUGUCUUGGCGGGAAUUUAAAUAAACUAAAUUGCCAAAUG